CCAUGCCGCCGGACGUCGGCUUCUCCAUCCUGCCGGGCGCUCACUUCCACUCCAAGAUCCUCGGAUGUCGCCAUGGCCUCAUGCUAGUGCUCCAGCAGAAGCUGAAACAGGUCCUGGUGUGGGACCCGGUCGCCGGCGACCAGCACAGGCUUGCCGUUCCCCCGGGGUUUGACACGAGCAUAAUCCCGAUCCAGGGGACGGUGCUUCGCCGUGCUGGAGACGCCUACCAUUUCCAGGUGGUAUUGGAAGGCUCAGACAAACAACAAGUGUUCGCCUGCAUUUACUCGUCAGAGACCGGCGUAUGGAGUGAUCUUAUAUCAACACUCCUUCCAUACGAGGAUUUCAUGUAUAUGCCAUUGAUGGGCAGGACCUCUGUGCUGGUUGGGGAUUCCGUUUACUGGAUGUUUGCUGGGACUCCGCGUGCAAUUCUCGAGCUUGAUUUGGGUAGGCAGAGCCUAGCUCUGAUACAUCUGCCGGUGGAGAUUGCCCUUUGCAAAACUUGGAACUUCAUGGUUAUGCCGGCAGAGGGUGGUGGGCUCGGCUUACUCUUCUUGACUGGUUUUACUGCCCAAUUAUGGAAGAUGAAUACUGAUUGUCAUGGUGUUGCUUCAUGGGGGUUGGGAAGAACUGUAAAACUGGACAAGCUACUUUCCCUCAAUUCAGAGGAGCAGAGAGAGUUCCCAGCGAUUGCAGGUUUAGCUGAGUGCAAUAAUGUGGUGUUCCUCUCUACAGAUAUGGGCCUAUUCAUGGUCCAGCUUGAGUCUUUGCAGUUCAAGAAAUGUUCCGAAUCCAGAGCGGCGUUUUUCUAUCAUCCAUUUGAAACUGUCUACGCUGCAGGUAUCUAGUAUUUUUCUCCAGUUGCUGAGGUGUAGGAAUGGACUUGUUUGCUCUGGGCUCUUCCGUUCUGAAUAACUUCACGUGGAGCCAGGUCAACCAUCUGAAUAGCGUCUGCUGGUCAACUGGAAAUUGCACUUGUAGGAGUUAAUCAUUUAAUCUUGGCAACUUCCCUGUACUACCUCCGUUUCAAGGAAUAAGGCGCACGCGUAUUCCAAGACGAACUUUGACCAUAAAAAUU